UUUUGAAAUAUUUUUUUUGUAAAUUUAUUUUAUUCAGAAUUAAAAAAAAAAAAAAAUUGUUUUCCUUCUCAUCUCCCCCUUUUCCUCUGUUCUUCCCUUUACUGUUCGUCUGUUUCCAGCUUCCACCACUGCUGCUUCUCUUCUCACGUCCGUAUACACUUCUUGGCACCGCAUUCAAACCCACUCAAGCCCUCCUCCUUCUCUGCCCCUGCCGCACUGUUGUUCAGCUUGCUCGCAAGUAGUUGGCAUCUUUUUCAGUGGAUAUAUCAGUACUUCAUAUGAACACGAUGAAACUAGCUUCCAGUAAGAGUCGAGAGUUGUUAUCUAUAAAUUCAUUGCCAUCCUCAAUUCAGUUCAUCUCUCCGCUCCAACAUCUCAAGGCCACUCUAUCUGGAGCAGAUAAUCCUACUGAAACUACAGCUACUCUCAGAGAAUUCCCCAGGAAAAGCAAAUAUAUUUCUCACGAGUCUGCCAUCAACUUGAUGAGACGUGAGAAAAAUCCAGAACAUGCUUUAGAAAUUUUUUAUAAAGUGUCAAACCAAAAGGGUUUUCAUCAUAAUAACUCCACUUAUGCUAUAAUUCUUCAUAAGCUUGCUCAAUGCAAGAAAUAUCAGUCUCUUGAUGCUGUUCUUCAUCAGAUGACCUACGAGACCUGCAAAUUCCAUGAAGGUAUAUUCCUUAAUCUCAUGAAGCAUUUCUCAAAAUCAUCUAUGCAUGAGAAGGUGCUUGAAAUGUUUUCCUCUAUUCUACCAAUUGUACGUUCAAAGCCCUCCCUGAAAGCCAUUAGUACAUGUCUUAAUCUUCUGGUUGAUGCAAAUCAAAUUGAUUUAGCAAGGAUUUUCCUCGUGAGUAUCCGUAAGGACUUUCAUUUGGAGCCCAAUACAUGCAUUUUUAACAUUUUGGUCAAAUAUCAUUGUAAGAAAGGAGAUCUGGAAUCUGCUUUUGAAGUAGUGAAAGAGAUGGAGAAGUCUAACAUGUCUUGCCCGAACUUGAUCACCUACUCAACGCUGAUAGAUGGUCUUUGUGGAAGUGGCAGAUUAGAAGAAGCCAUUGAUCUGUUUGAGGAAAUGGUCUCGAAGCAUCAGAUACUGCCUGAUGCCUUGACUUACAAUGUCUUAAUCAAUGGAUUUUGUCGUGGAGGGAAACCUGAUAGAGCCAGGAAAAUAAUGGAUUUUAUGAAGAAAAAUGGAUGCAAUCCCAAUGUGUUCAAUUACUCGUCCUUAAUGAAUGGGUUCUGUAAGGAUGGAAGACUUGAGGAAGCCAAGGAAAUUUUUGACGAGAUGAAAGGUGCUGGUCUGAGGCCUGAUACUGUUAUUUAUACUACUUUAAUUAACAGCUUGUGUAGAGGUGGCAGAACUGAUGAAGCUAUUGAACUGCUUAAAGAGAUGAAAGAAAAGGAAUGCAGGGCAGAUGAGGUUACAUUUAAUGUAAUUCUUGGUGGAUUGUGCAGAGAAUACAGAUAUUAUGAGGCUCUUAACAUGCUUGAGAAACUACCCAAUGAUGGGGUUUAUCUUAACAAGGCUAGUUAUAGGAUUGUGUUAAACUUUUUGUGCAGAGAAGGUGAACUGGGGAAGGCAGUGGAGUUGUUGAUUCUGAUGAUGCAUCGGGGGUUUUUGCCCCAUUUUGGCACAUCAAAUGAGUUAUUAGUUAGUCUUUGUAAAGCUGGAAAGGUAAAUGAUGCUGCUACACUGUUGUUUGGGUUGGUAGAGAUGGGGUUUAAACCAGAGCCUCUGACUUGGAGUAUGCUAAUUGAUUCAAUUUGUAGAGAGAGAAAGCUAUUGCCUGCAUUUCAACUCCUUGAUAAGCUACUUAUGGAAAACUUGUGACUGCAAAUGAUUUGUCUUGGAAAUUACAUCAACGAGCUAUUUGAGAUAAGAAUUGCUGACUGUUGGCACUUGAAUAGGGGCCAAAAGAACAUGAGGUCUUUCAAACUUAUAAUGUAUACAUGGUCAAUCUGAAGAAGGAUUUUACAUUCAUAAGGUCCAAAUGAUCUUGCAAGGAAAGGCUGCACAACUAUGUUUUUCUCAUAUGUGGAUGUUGAAUUUAAAUCAGCAUAUUGUGGUUGGUCAUGGAAAAUAUUUUGAUGGCUUUGAUGUUUCAUGUAUGGAAAAGCAUAUUAUAUCUGCUUUCAUCAUGAACUGAUGUUGCAGAAACGUGCUCUUGUCAAAAGAAAUCUAAUAGGGUUUCUGGUGGUCUCGGAGAAGAAGAAAAUAGAUAGUUGAGGUUAUUGCCAGAAAUUUCUGCUGCCUGGAUAUAGAUGGUACCUGAUAUCUUUGAAGUCGUCAAAUUAAUUAAAUGUGCUUUAUUGAAGACUUAAAGUCCAUAGGCCUCUUCUUGGUUUCUAAGACGUUAUCUCUCACUCUUCCUGUCAACACAGUUGACCACCAUCAGGGAGCUUCUGCUUGGUGCUUAUGGUUAGAUUCACUCUUCUUCCCCUGCCAAAAUGCCCUUGGUCUUCCUCCAGGUUCAGCUUUCCAACUGAACUUUUCUGUGAGUUCGAAAAUGUUUGAUGUUGGCUAAUGUCCAGGUUUUUUAAUGACAAGAUUAAAUCCUUAAUUUGCUGAGAGUUAUAGUUUGCAACAACAUAGAGCUCCGGUCUCAGCAAAAAUCUAGAGUUAGAUGAGAUGGAAUUUUGGUAUGAAUUGUUCUUAUUUCCUUUCACCUUGUUACAAUAUAGAUCAAUUUGGAGAAUGAUGGUAAGUAUGCAUUUGCUCCUGACCCACUUAAUGCUUUUGUGAAAUAGUUUGCUUCAAGUUCUUUUCAUGAAUGAAGUGACAAAUUUCCUAUGUGCUUCUUUUGAAAGUUAUGUUGAUUGCAAGAGUGGAUCAAUUAAUUUAGGUUUCAGUUCAAAUCUUCUGUUAUAAGAAGAGUUAGAUAUCAUAUGUAGGUGUAACUUUUUAAAGAAUUUUGAUGCUCCUCAGGUGAGGCAGUAAUCACAUUCAUCAAAUGUGACAACUUUUACGCCAUUAGCUUUCUCAUCUAUUACCCGCAUAUAAGGACCAUAGGAAGCAAACAUAUAUAAGGUAAAUAUGUUAAUGAAUUGACAUAACAAUGUUUCUUGUCCAUCAUUUUCUGUUGUGUAAUGAUUUCAGCAUUAAACAGCUAAGUAUGUUGAAGAUGCCUAUACGCCUAUCAGAACAUCUAACUUUCAUUUGAACUUGUCAAAACUCAGAGCAGUGUGAGUUGCAACUGGUAGUUGUCGUAUUUAUAUCUGUGCAAUGUCGUUACUUCUUCCUUGCAUAAGGAUAGGCUAUAUGGGAGUAUGUCGAAUGAAGCGCUACAGCAGGCAAAUGCAACAUCAUCUGGGGCAUUCUAGGCUUCUGCGGCUCUGCCUGUGUGUAUAAUUAUAACCUGGGAAUAUGGCAAUUACACAGUAAAAGAGAUGUAGCGUUCUUUUGUUUGCAUUUUAUGCCGCUAUGUUCUUCUCAAGAUUGAGAAUCACAAGCUUUUCGCUUGAUGUAUGUCGAAAUACCCCAUCAAGAUUGGGUAAAUUAUAAGCACGUUAA